UUCAAGGUGAUCUUAAAUUUAAAGGAAUUAUCCUUAAUGUUUGAGGGCUGUCGGUGAGAUGAUAUUCAGGCCAGUUUUAACAGUGCUUGAGAAUUUAGAAAGUAAUGGUUUAUUUGAUAGAGAAAGUCUUAUUCAUAGGAUGUGUUUGCAGUUUUCUUACCUGCCAAUUAUAAAUAAUCAGUUGAAGGAAGUUUGCUUUAUAUGGAAUACUCACUCCAUAAGAAAACAGAAAGUGGGAGAUAUAGUACCUGGUAUUCCAAAUGUUCUUCACAGCAAUCCGGAAAUAGUAGGAGCGCAAAAUUAUCUCAAUGAGGACAUAGCUGACAUACAGCAAUUAAAAGACAUUUGCAGCAACAACUUCUUGCAGAUUGAUGAGCAUUUUGUUAAUGUUGCUUCCAGUAUUCUGCAGACUUUGAACUUGCCUGAUCCAGAUCAUUUAUCAGACAUGAGCGAUUGCAAACAUAUGUUCAUUGUUUUAAAGGAAGCAUUUGAAUCAUUAGUUUAAAAAAUACUACUAGUAAUUAAACAUCCACAACUGAACAAGAGAUGUCACAGGAGACAACACGCUUAACUAUUUUGAUGCUGGAUUGCUAAACUGGAUGUGUUUAUUGACUCCAGUGGCGGAGGAAGAUAUUGCACAAUAACUUCAGUCUGUGUCAAAAAUAUUAAGUAAUAAGAGAAAUAAAGUGUAUCAAAACA